GUGGGGAGAGGGGGAGAGGCAUCUCUAAGUGUGCCAGUGUUCAGAUGCCCUGGAAUGGGUCCUUCUCCCGACACCAUGGGUCUGCCUGCCAGGAACCCUGGCCCACUCAGGCCCUCAGUCCUCUCUGUGCUCACUGCCCCAAUGGCCCCCAAAAAACCAGAGCCCAAGAAGGAUGAGGCCAAGGCAGCACCCAAGGCAGCUCCAGCUCCCACACCAGCACCUCAGCCUGAGCCCCCAAAGGAGGUUGCGUUUGAUCCCUCCAAAAUCAAGAUCGAGUUCACGCCAGAGCAGAUUGAAGAGUUCAAGGAAGCCUUCAUGUUGUUUGACCGCACACCCAAGUGUGAGAUGAAGAUAACAUAUGGGCAGUGUGGGGAUGUCCUGCGGGCUCUGGGCCAGAACCCUACACAGGCAGAAGUGCUCCGCGUCCUGGGGAAGCCGAAACAGGAAGAGCUCAAUACCAAGAUGAUGGACUUUGAAACGUUCCUGCCCAUGCUCCAGCACAUUUCCAAGAACAAGGACACCGCCACCUAUGAGGACUUUGUGGAGGGGCUGAGGGUCUUUGACAAGGAGGGCAAUGGCACGGUCAUGGGUGCUGAGCUCCGCCACGUGCUGGCCACACUGGGUGAGAGGCUGACUGAAGAUGAGGUGGAGAAACUGAUGGCGGGGCAAGAGGACUCAAAUGGGUGCAUCAAUUAUGAAGCAUUUGUGAAGCACAUCAUGGCCAGCUGAGCCCGCUCCAGGUGAGCCCCCACCCAGAUGAGCCCUACUCCUUUCCUUCCCUCCUGCUGCCACUGCCCCACCCACAUCCCUGCCGUUUACAGCGCACAUCCUGCUGCCUCUCUCUCUCCUCCUCUGUAACCCGGGGCUGCCUUUGCUCUCAGGGAGCCAGGGGAGGCCAUGCUGGGACAUUUCUCCUAUGUGUGAUGCUGACACCAGUGGCCUGGAGUUGUGGGAAGGAGGGGAGCAUUUGAAGACUCCUGUGCAAGCUCUCAGAUCUCUCUGCAUGGUUGCCAUCUGUGGCCUCAUUGAGGGCCUGUGACUGUAUCUCUGUCCCCACCCUAUGGGCCUCAUGAAUAAAUGGCUUCCUUCCUUC